AUGGAUAAAGAUAAGUGGCUCAAGGAAUGCUCUGCAUCCACCACUACCAAUGAGAAAGAAACGACAAAUAAAAAGGUGGAACCAAAGUGCUGUUUUGAAACUACUGGUGCCAAGGGAAACAAUGACGAGACCAUUUUGGUUAGGGGAUUUGAUUGUUCCUUCCCCAGGGAUGAUAUCAAGAGCUCACUGGAAAAACACUUCGGUUCAUGUGGAAAGAUCACAAGGGUUUUUGUUCCCGUAGAGUGCCACACCAAUUCUCCCUUAGGAUUUGCUUUCAUUAAUCUGUUAGGUGGUCAAGAGGGUCAAGAGAAGGCGCUGCUACUCGAUGGUAGUUACUUGGGAGGGUUGAAGCUUGAAGUUGUGCUGGCUAGUCAUAGAGAAGAAGAAUACUAUUGCUAUCCUAACUUUAAGGGUUGUAAACGUUGUUGUAUGGCUAGGUACCAGCUCCCAAUGAAAGAUUUCUUGAAAGAUUUUUGUGCAACUAGUGGUGGUCGUCUAUAUCGUAUACCAGCCAGUGAUAGUGAUGAAGAAGCAAUGGUGACCAACCACAGCUAGUAUUGCUACUCCUAUCGACUACCUACAUCAAAUAUUUUAUGUUCAUG